AUGGAGGGGACGGCUUUGGCCGUCUGCGAGAUUUUGAGAUACUUAAUAAUACACUGGAAGUGUGAAACUGGAGUAUCAAAGGGAACAUUGCUAGAAGGGCAGCUAGUGAUUUCCAUAGAAGCAUUAAAUUCUAAGCACCAGGCAAAUUCUCUUCAUUGUGUAACAACUAUUGGAUCUUCAGGAAACAUUUAUGGUUUGGGCCUUAAGAAGUUCCUAAAAGAAAUACAAACUAUACUGCCUGAAUUCUUUGCAAAGCUGACUUGGACUUCAGAAGAAAGCAGCUGGUUUCAGAACAAAUCAGGGGUAACACCUUUCCAGAUAAUUUUUGAGGUGGUUGAAAAGUCCAGAACUUUGAUGAGAGAUUGUCUAGUUAUAAAGCACUUUUUACGUAAAAUCAUUAUGGUACACCACCAGAUCAGGUUUAAUUUCAUUGUAAAGGUAAACGGGGUUGUCUCCACAGAGAUCUUUGGGCUGGAGAAUGAACCAAUUUUGAACCUGUGGAAUGGAAUUGCUCUUGUGGUAAACAGUCAGCAUUAUGUGAGACAAAAAUGUGGAACAACUGAACCCCACUGCAGCAGAAUCCACCCUGUGCUAGGACAUCCAGUGACACUGUUCAUCCCUGACGGGGUGGUUGGUGUGGACAUGGGAGAACUGAUACUGACUCCAGCUGCUGCUCUGUGCCCCAGUCCAAAGGUCUUUUCCAGUCAGUUGAACAGGAUUUCUUCAGUUUCCAUAUUCCUAUAUGGACCUUCAGGUCUGCCUCUGAUAUUGCCAAAUCGAGAGCAGCUAAGCAUCGCUGUCUUCAAAGACACCUCUUACUUCAUUGACUGGAAGAAAUACCAGUUAUACAUGGUGCCCAGUGUGGAUCUCAAUUUGGACACAGAUUUGGUACUUCCAGAUGUGCGUUAUCAGGUUGAGUCCAGUGUGAGGAAUCAGUCUCAGAAGGCAGACCCUCAGGGACCAACUCUUCUGCUUUUCCUCUUUGUGGAUUUCUACAGUGGAUUAACAGUCCAGCAAAAGGAAAUCUGGGGAGUGCACACUCUGCUCACAGCUCAUCUCAAUGCUAUUCUCAUGGAGAGCCACAGUGUGGUACAAGAUUCCAUCCAGUUCACUGUGGAUCAAGUCUUGGAGCAGCAGCAUCUUGCUUCCCAGGCUUCUCAGAAACUGCAGGCCUCACUCUCGGUGGCUGUGAAUUCCAUCAUGAGUGUGGUGACUGGAAGCACCAGCAACAGCUUCAGAAAAACAUGUCUCCAGGCCUUUCAGGCAUCUGACAGCCAGGAGCUUGGAACCAAACUACACAAAAUAUUUCAUGGUAUCACCCAGCACCGACUUUUUCACCACUGCUCAUGUGACACGAAGCAGCACUUGACCCCAGAAGAAAAGGAUCCAGCCCAGAGCACAGCGGAUGCACCUGAGAGCAGCAACACAAGGCUACCUGCGGGUAAGGCUCUGGCUUUCCACAUAAGCCUUGGAUAAAAACCAA